UUUAUAUAAAUCCGCUGUAUUACAUCCUCAAGUGACAGCCUUUAACUCCCCCUUCAACGUCCCGCCGUUCCAGCACCUACGAUGGACCCGUCCGCUCCAUUGUCCCCCGAGACUCUCAAGAUCAUAACGACAGCUUAUGCACAUCUGCUGGCGAACAAGUAUCAUGUCCUCGCAUCCACCGUUAUGCUUUGUUACGACCAUAUCAUCACCUUUGACGAUGAAGUCAAAUACAUCUGGCAGAGGAAGAAAAGUUUUCCUUUCUGGCUCUUCUUGACCUUCCGAUAUGUCACCCCCAUCGUCUCGCUCAUCAACUUGAUAUCGGAGCACGAUCCUAAUUGGAUUGGAGAUACGUGUAAAAAUUGGAUUUGGUUACCCGUAGCUGUCGGGCCUAUUGUCAGUCUUGCAACUGGAAUCAUUUUGAUUCUUCGAGUUCAUGCAAUCUACUCGCAAGCCGCUUGGGUGCUCUGGGUCACCUUCCCGAUCUACAUUGGACAACUCGUCGUCAUGGGGUGGUCUAUCCCAGCCGGCAUUCCCGCAGACUUACCACCAGGGUUUAUUGGAUGUAUUCCUCACCCCAAAGACGCAACUGGUCUCCAGCUAUCCUCACUCUAUAUCGCGGCCCUGACAUUCGACGCUACGAUAUUCGCUUUGACCCUCGGUCGAGCGGUAUACUACCGCCUGACCGGCUCCUUAAUCCCGCUCAUAACAUUGGUUAUCAGAGACGGCACGCUCUACUUCGCUGUCAUUUUUGUUGUUAACUUGACAAACGUGUUCUUAUUGUCGCUCGCUACGCCCGAUCUUAGUGCCAUCAACGCUCCAUUCGCAUCAAUGAUCACAGCCGUCCUAGUCGCUCGACUCAUGCUCAACCUCCGCGCCGCCGCCGACACCCAAGUCGUCUCUUACGGUUCUUACGGCUCUCGUUCAGGCCACCACACCCGCCCUCACGUCGCUUUCAACAAACAUCACAGCACGGGUACGGGUACGGGUGCUCAAACGAUGAGUAAUUUCAAUGCUAUAGGUCAAACGACGACGUUCCUUGGCCGGAUAGGCGCAGAUGAGUUUGCGGUGCCGUUACCGGAUACGAUUUUUAAGUCUAGUCAGUCGGAUUCGGAUAUGUCGUCUGAGUGGUUGGAUGAUACGACUACGGUUGAGGAGUAUCAGAUGGGUCCGCCGGCUUAAGGUUGAGAGUUGGUCUUUCUUUUUGUGUUUUUUUGUGCUUGGGGGUUAUGAGUUUGAGUUGGGGUGUAUGUAUUAUGUACUUGUUCUGCUUAGUUCCUUCCUUUGCGAUACCGAUACCGAUUACCGUUUUUUCUUUGUGACACACACACAGAUACAGCACAUUCCGCGCAGGUUACCCGUGUUUUUGUUGUUUAAAAACCGCAUGUAUACUGUCGUCCAGACGUUCAUUGUUGCCACUUUAUCUAAGUUAUACAUACAUACCCAACCAAUACCCAAUCCAAAGUCCUUGAUUCACG